CGGCGGGGGCAGUGGACACCUUUUGGGCGAGCCCGCUGUCGACGUCAGUCAUGCCCUCUGCGUCUCUUCAGUCAAGGAUAAAAGCCUUUGAAGCAUUGACGACAACAUCUUCGUUGUCGCAGGCGCCGACGACAGCAGCGAGCACUUCGUUUGCCACGCCCUACAAGUCAAGACUUGGAACAACUCAGUCGUCCGAGUCGACUGCAACCGCCUCAGGCACGUUUCAAACGAGAGUGCCGUUGGUAGCAUCGGCUCCUUCCAGCGGGUCACAGUCACAGUCCCCUACUGUGUGUCGCAGGGUAUCUUUGAUUGACUUGAAGGAUUGGGUUGUGGAGGAUGGUCCCUUUGGGGGAUCACUUACUUCCCCUCAGACAGGCGAAGCAGGCAACAACCAGUCGAUUAACGUUUGUGAGCCGAGCUUGCCUCUCUAUUCGGGCAUCAAGGAUCCACCCAACGAUGCCCGCGAUAUGUCAACGCCACUUAUCCAUCUUGAAUCGCCGCCAAAACAACGGCCACCGCUUCCACCACGCAAACCAUCCUACUUGUCAGCUGGGGCGAGUCCUGUUCCACGUGUGCUAUCAAUAGAGGGCAAUUCAGGCGCUACGCUUCGUCCUCCGUGUAGCUCAGAUUCCCUAACCAUCGAGCAUACUUAUCCUCCUCAAACGUUUGGUACCGCUCGUCUCCGCCAUGCCCCGGCUUCCUCUAUCUCAUCGUUUCAUUCCGUUUCGCUUUCAUCGGAGGGAAGUGGCUUGGAAACCCCUGAUCUAGGGACAUUGCCCCAAAACGCCAGAAACGUUAUCGAUAAUGACUCCGCGAGUAUUGCCGAUUCUUUUGAGGAUGUAUCAGUUACGUCUGUGGUUGAUCUAUCCACUGCGGUAACUUCUAACUGGAUGACAUCCAUGGAGGCACCGAAGAUUACCCCAGAGGCUGACGCACUAAGAACGAAGGUUGUGCCUCUGCCACCUAAACCUCCAAUUCGACCCGUAUCUGCAACCAGUCCUUCGACACUGACGACCUUGAAGACACGUCGACCGCCUCCGCCUCCACCCCCUUACGCGCCACGCUUCCGAAUUCCAGCUUCCCGGACAUCCCUUACACCUCAUUCGGGGUCGACGUCUGACCGGUCCUCAAUUCUUAGCACUACGAGUACUACAUCUAGAACGAGCACUCACAGCAACACAGCGCGUGAAAAUGCCAUGCACUCCCAGCUUCACCGACCCACCCCUGUCCCUGCUUCUGCUCGCGCGCGGUACGAGACGCUAUUUGUUAGCGCAUUAUUAGGUCAACGUCAGAUUGAGAAACAGAGCCGAAGGAGGUUCCUGCCUUGUAAACCGAUAUCUCAAAAGGAAAGACAGGCCGCAGGAUGGAGAGGCCUUUCGUUGGAUUUACUUGCCCAACAAGAGGAUCAUACUAUCUUGUCACCAGACAGCAGGGAAUCUGAGCUUGCCAGCGACAGCGACAGCAAUUGUGCACCAGUGAGUGCAGAAGAGAAAUUGAAUGGUCGCAUAGUCAAGUAUAUAUGGAAAGCUUCUCGUCUUGACCGACGGAAGCUUUGGGACAUAUGGAAUGAAUGUGAUCCCCAGAAAACCGGGAGCCUCGAUCGUAAUGCGUUCAUUCAGGGCAUGUGGCGCAUAGAUGAGGAACUUCGGCGAGCCCAACUUGCCCGAUGUACAUCUGCACUCAGCGUUGCUUCAUCGCAACGUAUUCCCCACCGCCCGCUUCCAAGAAGUUCUACUCCUCUGCGACUAGUAUCAUAACAUCUGAAGCAAUGAGCAUCAGGCUUUUGGCGAUGUGCAAUGUACAACAUGGACUGUCACGGACACAUAUAUGCAGCUGAACACUUGGUUUGUGUGGAUAACCAAUUAAUGUAGCUAAUGUUCAUUGCUAAUGUACACUGCAGUAACCUCUGUAUGGUGGUUCAGCACACAUAGCCCAGAAUGUGUGAGUGAAGGAUUUGGC